AAAAAAAUGCAAACAUGCAAUAACAUGAAAUGAAAAAUUAAUAUGUAAUGGGAUUUGAUUAUGUUAGUGUGUACUCGCUGAGUCGCUGUAAGUGUCCAUUAGCAAAUGAUGCACACUUAUUUUUUGCAUAAUAUACAUAAUGCAUGCAUUUGAAAGAACUAAAUAAAAUGUUUCCAUCAGUCUCAUGUCCAUGCAUUCAUUUACCAGCACAACCACAUCAAGCAUGCAUAGCAAAUGUUGCACCCCCCAACUUGCAGGUCUCCCAACUCUCCCUGAUUCUUUUGCUUGAUUUGAUCUUGACAAAGAACAGCCAACCAAAACCUUGUAUCUAUCUAAAUGUUUCUCUCUAUCCGCAUCCAUCAGAAGAUCCUCCUAGCACCCACUACUUCCAACUCAUUAAACAACCAUGUUCAAAAGAUCCCCAUCCCUUUCUUUUUGCUAAUCCAAAUCUCUCCUUUAAUGCUUUGUUGCCCUUGCAUAUCUAAAUAUAUUCCUACAUCUUGCUCCCUGUGACAAUUGAAGCAAAACUAACAUUGAAUCCCACAGAAGAAGUUCAAGAUGAGGGUAAGCACACACUUCCUGAAUUUUGAAUAGCACACGUAUUAAUGAUUUUAAACUCUAUCUUUGCAUUUCAUUGUUGCAGGUACUAGGUUGGAUGCACCACCGAUCCAAAAAAAAUAAUGCCGAACCAUUCAAGGAUUUUUCGAUAGGUAUUCAAACAACCCUUCAUUUUCUUCUAAAAAGACCACUAGGUGUGCAUCAGACAUAAGAUAUGAUCACAUAAAUAGACCAAACUCACAAAGUAAUUUAAUCUACCACACUCAGCUUCUAGCACCAAUCUUGGUAGCUAAUUCUCACUUCAAAAAAAGGAUAAAAAACAGUGGUCCAACCCAAAGAUUGAUGGUCUCACAAAGAUGGCCAAUCAUGUCAGAAACAUCUCAACUUAGAAGAUUUUUCACCAAUGGAUGAGACCACCAAUCCUCUUAGGUCUCAGGAACGGCUGAUCUCUGUCUGCAAUAAAGCUAGACACAACAGUCAAUCAUCUAGGGUGUUCAUGGUAAAAGAAAAGGGUGGAGCCUUAGUGCAGGUAUUACAGGACAUCCCACCUCUUGGAUUUUCCACCACUGGCUAAGGCCUUUUAUGGCCACUCGGCAAAUGGAUCUCUCUCCCAAGGGAUAAGGUUCAAAGUGGGCAUAUUGGCAUAAAUAUUGCAGCCACUUCGUGAUACAAAUAACUAGUAUUGCUAGGUUGUUACAUAAACCAAAGACCCUUCAAACCACUAUCCUCACAAAUCUGAAGAUUGUUCAGUCACUAGUUGGCCCAUGCAAAAUGUGAUAAAAGGGAUAAGUAAUAUGCCCUGCUUAAAAACUCACAUAAAGUAUCCUUUUUCUUUUUUCCAUGUUUCAGGGAACUAUUGUGCUUGCCUUUCCGCACAGUCACCCAUUGAUGACCAUGUUUCCUACACUGGGCCAAGUUUUAACUCCAGAUAUGGACCCGGGCUCUUAAAACAGCCAAAUGAGGAAUGUGAGAAUACUUUCUUUGAAAAUGAAGGAGUGGAUGAGAAUAAUGGAGACGAAACAUCUAUCAUCAGCUCUGAUCCUUUUCAUGGCUUUCUUACUAUUGGAACCCUUGGCUCAGAACCAAUUACCAGUGAGCCUGCAACACCAACAUUUGCCAUGUCUUUGGAGAGCAUAACAGAGGAAAACAUAGAGGUGACAGAAAAUGAAUUGAAGAUCAUGAACAAUGAGUUAGAAAAGUUUCUAGAGGCUGAAGCUGAAGAAGAAGGUUGCAAUGAAUCGUUAGCAAGGAGCAGUUAUGUGAGCACUAUUACACUCAGUGGCAUGCAAAUGGAAGCAACUGAUGCUGAAGAUUAUGGAAAGACAGUGGCAUGUCCACUCCAAGGAUAUCUAUUUGGGUCAUCAGUUGAACUGCCAGAAACAAGAGUUGGAGUAAAGAAGGAAAAGGUAUCACUUGGAGAGAUGUUUCGUAUGACAAAAGUUACAGAUGAAAUUCCUUCAGAAAAAGAAGUGAAAGGGGAGAUGCAAGCCAAGAAAGCACAUAAAUCUGCCAAAUACCUCAUCAAGAAGAUACUCAAAAUGUUUCGCACUACGUCGGGAAAUCCUACCCCUUCUACAAGGGAUGAAGCCUCAAAUUCUGUUUCUACCAAGAAAACACUUAAUAAGGUCCUAAAAGUGUUCCAUAGAAAAGUUCAUCCUGAAAACCCAUUAGCUGAAAGAGAGUUUACGAAGUCCCAUAAAGACAAGACAAUGACUACUCUGAAUGAUGGUGGCUAUAAUGCAGAACUGACGCACCAGGUUAAAGAGAAAAGAAAGUUUCUUCCUGGAUACAAGUCAAGGGAAGGGGUCCAAUGCCAUAAGAACAGCUUGAAAGUGCCACAACAUGAUCAUAUUUGCAGUAAUUCAAGUGCAAAUGGGGAAUACUGGAUUAAAACGGAUGCAGACUGUAAGUACCAACACAUCUUGACCUUUCAAAAACAUAGAACAUGUUGACCUUUCAAAAACAUAGAACAUUUAGAUUUUGGUUUACUUCAAGUAUAGAUUGCUGACCAUGGCACCAUCAAUCAUUUGUUACAAUAUGCAUAGAUGAAUAAAAUGUCUGACAUUUGUAAUUCCUUAUAUGCACAUGCACGAAACAUGUCUAUUUACAAACAAAAAAGAGGUUUCAGAAACACAACUGCAUUAAUGGGAUCAAGAUAUGCUAAAAGCAACAGUUAUGAAAAAGUCAAACUAUUAUAAACAGAACUAUAUAAAGAAUAUCUUAAUAUGGGAAGUUAAAGAUUCAGUAGCGUAUUUUCCAUGUAUGCUGCCACAUUGAUAGUAUUUUUUUCUUCUCCUUGAAGAGCUAUUUUGACUUCAUUGUGACCAUCAAGGUAAAUUAUUAAAAUGAUUAAGCAUAUUAAUGCACACAUCUAACCCUUUUCUAAUAUCGGUAAUGUAGAUUUGGUGCUGGAGCUGUAGCAGAGGAGCUAAAGCACACUUACAAUGUGUUGUUUGAUUGCAUCAUCUAAGUUCCUAAGUAUUUGUGAGUGAUUUAAGUGACCAUGAACCCAAGGAGAUGGAAACAGUAAAAGGUAUCCAUCUCAUCUGUCUGUAUAAUAAUAAAGUUGUGAGCAUGGAACGUCAUGUAAUCAUCUUAAUUAGUAAACAUGAUUGAUAUGUUUGCAUGUUCCAUUUUAAUUAUUUAAUUAUUUUUCACUUCACAAACAAGUAAUAUUCAUAAAAACUAGUUUCUUCAAACAUGAGUAUUAUGGAAGGAGCUAGUGUUGGGCAUUUGAUCCCAAACUAAGAUUCAG